AUGGCUGAAUUACUACCUCCGACCCCUGGAAAACCCCCGAUCGAGAAGCUGGGACUGGGGAUUUUGGUCCCCGAUACGACCUCGCAUGAUCCGAUCGCUAUCGCCGGCGGUCAGGCCGUUGUGAUUCAGAACGGCGAGUCCUCCCUGAACGCGUCUCAGGGGGAGAGUGGUUCGCCGGCGGCGUUGAUGGCGGAUGUGGUGGUGGAAAUCGUUGCUGACCCUGAAGAGUUGGAACUGCAGAGUGCCCUGGAGAGAGAUUUUUGCCAGCUGACUAUUCAGCAGGCUGAGAUGGAGGCAGAGAGUGAGAGAUUAGAAGCUGUUGUGGAGGGAGGGAAGGAUGCUGUGGAAGUGAAGUUAGGUGAUCUUCAUGGCGAAAAGGAUGGUAAAAUUGGAGAGACUGUUGAAGAUGAAGAUAAGAAGGGGUUGGGUUGCAUGGAGGGUCAUGGAACACUGAAGCUAGAUAAUCAUCAUGAAGGAAAGGAUGGAGAAAACUCGGUUAGUGUUGAAGGUGAGAAUAGGGAUGGAUCGGGUUAUGUGGAGAAUGAGGGAAUGCUGAAAAUUGAAAAUUUUCAUGAAAAAAUGGAUGGAGAAAAUGAAGGGAAUGCCGAAGAUGAAAGUGGGGAUGGGUUGGGUUAUUUGGAGAGAGAGGGUACAGUGAGACUAGACGAUCUUCACGAAGAAAAGGGUGGAGCAAAUGGGGAAAGGAAUGAAGAUGUAUAUGUGGAUAGAUGGGGUUAUAUGGAGAACGAGGGAACAUGGAAACUUGAUGAUCUUCAUGAGAUAAAAGGUGGAACGAAUGCUGAGGAAGUUGAAGCUCAAAAUGAGAACAGGUGGGAUAUUAUGGAGAAUGAAGGAACGUGGAAACUUGAUAAUCUUCAUGAAGAAAAGGGUGGAGAAUAUACUGAGAGUCUUGAGGAUCAAAAUGAGAAUAGACUGCGGUUUGUGGAGAAUGAGAGGGGUAGUGAGGAGAAUGAAAGGAAUGGAGAAGGUAAGUGCUGGGAUGCUGCGACAAAGUUUGGGAGAUAUAAUCGAAGUGAUAACGAUUGGAGGAUUAGCUAUCCUAUGAGGCCUGAUGCAGAGGAUUGUGCAUAUUAUAUGAAAUCUGGGUCUUGCAAAUUUGGUUUGAAUUGCAAGUUUAAUCACCCUCCUAGGAGAAAGACCCAGGUCGUUAAGGAGAGAAUGAAGUAUGGUGGAGAUAAUUUUGACAGGGCAGGACAAGGGGCAGGACAAGCUGAAUGCAAGUAUUACCUGGCAUCAGGUGGAUGUAGACAUGGGAAUAACUGUAGAUUCUCGCAUGGCUCAGGCAACAGCUCCAAGACUCAAAUUCUCGAGUUCAACUUUUUAGGACUGCCAAUUCGACCAGGAGAAAAAGAGUGUCCCUUCUACAUGCGCAAUGGAAGCUGCAAAUAUGGUUCAAACUGCAGGUUUCAUCAUCCUGAACCUACCACAGCGGUUGGAACUGAUUCAUCCUCUGGAUACAGCAACGCGGGAUCUAUUCCCUCACAACUUGUUUCCUCUUCGUCUAUGUCUUCAUGGUCUUCACCAAGGGCAAUCAAUGAGGCUUCAUCUUUCACACCUGCAGUGUUCUCUGGAGGCCAGGUUGCUCCAUCUCCAGAUGCAGAGUGGAACGGUUACCAGGCCCCAACCUACACACCUCAGAGGAGCUUACCCACACCCCCAGCAUUUGCCAUGAGCAAUCUACCAACGGAGAUAAGCUUUCCUAUGCAACAUCAGCAUGAUAAGGUGCUUGAUGAAUACCCGGAACGCCCUGGCGAACUCGAGUGCAGUUUCUUCAUGAAAACUGGAGACUGUAAGUUCAAGUCUAGUUGCAAAUUUCAUCACCCAAAGACUCGUAUACCAAAACCGAGGUCGAACUCAUGUACUCUCAACGACAAAGGCUUGCCUCUUAGACCUGAUCAGCCCAUCUGUACACACUAUCACCGGUAUGGCAUUUGCAAGUUUGGACCUGCAUGUAAAUAUGAUCAUCCGUCGAGUUUUGCCGACUUGCCAACUCCUUUUGAUCAGACAUUCAAUGACUCUGGUGGGUCGCACUAG